GGGCAGCUCCUGAACACCCUGAGGCGCCGCCCAGCCCCGUUACCGGGCGGUGACUGACACCGUGGCCACUCCCGCCGGGGCGGGACGUGCGGGCGGUGCCGCUUCCAGCCGAGCCGGCGCUGCCCCGGGGACACCGGCAGAGCCUCAUCCAGACCCCAGAGCUUUGUGGUGCUGGGUCUGUUCAGCCUGGAGAAGAGAAGCUGAGAGGGGAUCUCAUCAAUGUUUAUAAAUAUCUCAAGCAGGUGCCAUGUUGCCUCAGAAGAGGGGAAAAAUACCUUCCAGAAUAGCCAUGAACUGUUAUUGGAGAGUCCUGGCAAUUUUCCUAUUAUUUCUCCCAAGAGCACUGUCUCUCCAGCCGGCCCAGCCCAGAGCGCUGCUCGUGUCUUUUGAUGGAUUUCGAUGGGAUUACAUCUAUAGAGUCUCAACUCCCAGUUUUCACUAUGCCAUGGAGAACGGUGUGCACGUCAAACAGGUCACUAAUGUGUUUAUAACGAAAACGUAUCCUAAUCAUUACACAAUGGUGACUGGUCUCUAUGCAGAAAGCCACGGUAUUGUUGCUAAUGAGAUGUACGAUCCUAUCCUGAAUGAAACUUUCUCGAUGAACAGGAUGGAUAUCUAUAACUCCAAGUUCUGGGAGGAAGCCAGCCCGAUAUGGGUAACAAACCAGAGGGAAGGACAUAAAACCGGAGCAGCUAUGUGGCCUGGAACAGAUGUGAAGAUACAUGGAGUCUUUCCUACAUAUUAUAUGCCCUACAAUGAAUCUGUUUCAUUUGAAGAUAGAGUUGCUAAGCUCAUUGACUGGUUUACAUCAGAGGAACCCAUAAACUUUGGUCUCCUAUAUUGGGAACAGCCUGAUGAGAUGGGCCAUAUUCUGGGUCCAGAAAACCCCCUUAUGGGACCGGUAAUUAGCGAUGUUGACCAAAAGCUUGGAUAUCUUAUGUCUGAACUGAAGAAAGCCAAACUGUGGGAUGUUAUAAAUGUCAUAAUCACAAGUGAUCAUGGAAUGUCGCAGUCCUCCUCCGCGAGGCUCAUCGAGCUGGAUCAGUAUGUGAACAGAGAGCUCUAUAAAGUCAUUGACCAUUCUCCUGUGGUUGCCAUUUUGCCAAAAGAAGGCAAACUGGAUGAAGUGUAUGAAGCCCUGAACCACGCUCAUCCCAACAUGACUGUAUAUAAAAAGGAGCAGAUUCCAGAGAGAUUACAUUACAAACACAACAGUAAAAUUCAGCCAAUCUUAGCAGUGGCUGAUAAAGGAUGGGAAAUCGUACAGAAUAAGUCUGACGGUUUUCAGCCUGGUAAUCACGGAUAUGACAACAUCAUACCAGAAAUGCAUCCCAUUUUCUUGGCCAUUGGGCCUGCUUUCAGAAAGAAUGCCACCAAAGAAACCAUGAAUGCCACAGACUUGUACCCCUUAUUGUGCCAUCUACUUGGUAUUAACGCGCUGCCAAACAAUGGUUCAUUCAACGCUGUGAAAGAUUUACUUGCUGAGGAAGUUCCUGUAGCCUUUGGAACAGACACUUAUGCUACUGUUAUAGGAGUUUUUCUGGGCAUCUUUCUUGUUACGGUUUUUAUCGCUGUUUUUGUUAAGCAUUUAAUCCUCACCCAAACAAAUACCAUGCAAAUGCAACAUACUGAAGCUGCCCGGCCACUGUUGCAGGAUUAAUAACACUUGGUACUGUUUCCUGAUUGAUGCUUAAAAUAAGCUUAUGCAAAAAAAAACUAAUAGAAGUGGAGCAGCAUAAAAAUGUGGAGUAAAAGGAAAUGAAUGCUGAUCCGUUGGUACACUGGGGUACGUACAUAUGGGGGAUGCAGAGAAGGAGCGUGUUUCUGUUUUACCCAACAACCACUUCGUCUUUCAGGGGUUGAAAAUAUUCCGGGUAAACCUGGGAAGCUGUGUGUGUAGACAUGUAGCGAUGAUAGACCCUGAAUACCUCGUUCUGAGCCACUAUUAGGGAAAUAACUGAGUUUGCACUUCAGACUAUUACGUGGUGAUUUAAUUUCCCAUCCAUCCCCCUUUUUUCUCUAAGAGGUUUUUUAAAUCUCAGAUUCUAACAAGCCACAGACUUGGCUGCUUUGGGUUAUUUUCUUCCAUGCUCAAGGAAGCUUUUGGGUGGAUCAGCAUUACAGAUAACUGGGUGGAUUAAAUCCUGCAAGAAAACAACACUUAUUAAGCUAGGUCAUGCACUGCAACGUGUCUCAGCUUAGAGUUAGGCCUGUUUAUUUAAAGACUGUAUAAACUGUAGCCCCAGAAUAUGAAUCUAGAUGGUAUUUCCUUUAGCAAUCAGCAUUAAUGUUUUUGCUUGGUUUUGGUUUUUUGUUGUUAGUUGGUUUUGAGGUAGAUACAGAUCUUCAUGAUUUUAGGUAUAAUUUUAGGUAAAUGUAGAUCUUUGUUUUUUUCUGUUGUCUCCUGUACACUGGACUAAAUUUUCUAGGAAUUCCAUGAGGCUGGCAGUUCAAAGACACGUACAAGCACAACAUCUGUAUGUCCAAAUGGAGUCUAUUAUAUUUCUGUGAUAAAAAGGUUCUUUCAGAAUAGGGCUGAUGAAUCAGUUCAGGAACAUACAUGUACAAGCUGGUUUUCGAGUGCUGUCAAGCUUGUCACAAAGUGUAAAACCUGAGAGCUGUAACUGGAGACUCUGCUCUAGCAUGAGCUUGGCUUUCUGUCUUGUCUUUUAUCUGAUAUGUCUGGGUGAACCUUAGAAUUUGAUAAAUAGGAUUGGACACGCCAUUUAAGGAACAACUGUAUAAAUCUUAAGCCAUAUAUAGUCUUAAAAUCUAGAAAAGCACACUUGAGUAUGAAAGAAGGUCUAAGACUGGAGUUUGUUCUUCCAGAUAAAAGUCUUUGUCAGGGAAAAUUAUUAAUUCUGAAUCAACAAAACUGUAUAUUAGUCUGAUUCUUUCGUGUGGGUCAAUAGAGCUUCCUGCUAUUCUAGUGUUUCGUGGUUUGGUUUUUUGUUGUUGUUUUGUACGAGCUCACUUAAGUGGUAGGUGAGAAGCUGCUGACUAAGGUUUGCAUGAAAAGCUUGGUAUGAAGUGCCAAAAGUCCCUGAAGAAGAAAGAAACUCCUUUGAAAUUCACAGAAAUACUCAGUCUGGUAUUUCUGCAAGUGCAAUUUAUUGCUUCACCUGUAGCACUCAGCAAAGAUGGGAACUCCUUGGCCUUGGGUGUGCUCUGGAGUGACCAACACCCCAGUACUGCUGAUGGGAGGGUUGUGAGCAGACCUGGCAAGGAGCUGCAACAGGCUGACUAACUGAAGUCCAUUUUGAACUUAAUUCCAGACUUAAUGACCUCUAGGUCAGUUCAGAACUGAGCAAGCUUCUCGCUGCCUCAGUGAUGACUCUGCAGUGCCGUGUUAUAACCUGGUCCUUGCUGCGUCAGAAGGAAUCUCAGAGCCCUCCAUGACAGCAGGAACACUUGCUUGGCAUUGAUCUUUCUUGCAACAGAUGCGGAAAGUGGCCAGAGGUCACAGCUUGGUGCAGCAAGCACUGGAGAGGAAAGGCGAUGAUAUAUUCCAAUUUAAGGUAUAUACUGAAAGUCUAGCUGUAAUAUAUACUGAAAGCUGAGCUGUAAUAGCAGCUUUAGGAAGGCGGGAAACUAGCAGAUCUGUUAGAGCACAGCCCCUGAAUUUGGGGGAGAUGUAUGAAGCAUCGUGUAACUUAAUCUGACUCACCGCUGCAAUUCUGCUCUUACUGCUUUGUUUCCUACACUGCAAUUUUCUUAAGAAAACACAGCAGGUGAACAUCUGGGUCAGGUGUGCCUGAUGCUGUAAAGCUACAGAGGAGCUGACCAUUAGGUGUGUCUUAAGCUUCAUUUGCUGACAGCUGCUGAAACUACAGGGGCUUUUCAAGAUGAAAGGUGAGGGCAGUGGUGAUGUUCACAGGCGUGAUACAUAGAAUCCACCUUUGCUUGCUUAUUUGCAACUUGAAAACAAAUUGUAGCACAAACAUAGUGUGUGUUUAAAGAUACCCCCAGGUUUGGUUAAAGGAGUAAUAGUGAAAAUUGGAAAUGGACAGAGCGGUACUGUAAUCCUCACCUGUAGCUACUUCAGCUACAUACUUUCUCACUUUGGAAUGUGCUGCUUUAAUAGAAAUUCUUCUUAUUGCAGUAAUUUCAUGGUAAUGUUUAUAGCAGAUGUAAAAAUAACCUGAUUAUUAUUUCAGAUGUGUGCAUUAAACUCCCACUUCUAAAAAUGGUGACAGGUGUAGUUCUAUCAUCAGCCAAGGUGACCCUUGAUUUUAAGAAGUAGCCAACGCUGGUCAGUGUUGUUCUGUUGUCCUGGGACUUGGCUUCACCUGCCCCAACAUGUGAUGAGGGAAGAGCAACAAUAGGUUUUCAGUAUUCAAAAUAGGUCAGCAGCGUGAACACGAGAAUUCUCAGUGUUGCUGUUGUGAUUUGCACUGUAAGGCCCUUCUUUGAGGCGGGUAAAAUGACACUUUGUAGAAGACUAAAGGGAAUUUUUUGCAUUCAUGUAGUUCAGUUUAGGUUUAAACAUUUUUCCUUUAUUCUUAGGUGUAUUUGCAGGUAUGUUCAGAUAUUUGCCUAGCCAGCGUUAAACACUGUUUGAAGUUGUUUGAUGUAUGUUUAGUGAAAUUGAAAGCACAUAUGAUACCACUGGAGAAAAAGACCAACUUUUUCUUGGAUGUGAUGUGAGAUUUUCUCAAACUUUUCCAUUUGUGGCUGGGGGGGAAGGGGCAUGGGAUUUGCUUUCUGUGUAUAUGAUACUUUUUAUGAUGUACAAACAUGUUUAUUGGAAAGCGGAUUUGAGUUCAUCGUAUGCUGCUUGUAAUUGAAGCUUGGAAACUGAGCUUGCAUGACUUGUCCUUCAUUAUUGACCUGUGAAACAUACUUUAAGAUGUCAAAUGUUUUCUUUGUUUCCUCCUUGUUGAAAUAUAUCGUUGCUAUGAUGCUGUUAA